AAUCGUGUUUAAUCUGGCCAGGCUAUCGACUAAUGUGCCGGUCACACGCUGUAUCGUCCUCCAAGAGCUAGACGCGUCUCUUGAGCCAUGUUUACCCUCAGAGAUAACACUUUUUCCCUACUCAGCUUAAUGGACUCUGUAGGAAUGGCGCCUCAGUCUGGCGCCUAAGACAUAAGCGAAAAAUGGAAACAAUUUGAACACAAAUUAGCGUCACACUGAACUUUUUGUGUACCAAUUAAUUCGAUCUAAUAACCCCUGGCUUAUUUGCCUCAUCGUUGUUUGCGUUACCGUCAUGUCGUGGGGAGACUAGGCUCUGAUAUGCUAAUAAGCGUAGCGUAACUGAGCUGAGUAAGAGAUCAGAUUCUUGGGAGAGCACCACGUUAUAAUUAUUGUAUAAAGCGAUGGCGUCCGUGGCGUGUGUCCUGGUCAAAUUUGGCAGUGCGGCCUGGCAAGCAAUCGCCGCUAAUGUAUCCCCCCUUGAUGUUGUUUACGCGCUAUUUCUAGGGGUUCUGGGCGCUCUCCUACACAAGUUAUCAUCGUCCUCUCGCGACCAGCAAUCCGCCAGCGAGACCCGCAGCAGAUCCAGUCUGCGAUCGCCUGCACUGUCGUAUUCUUUGGUCAAGCGUCAGGGGUCCGUCACAUUCGCUGAAGGCACGAAGUUCGAAAGUGCCGAAGAUUUUAGCACGCACAACUUAAACGUGUUAAGGAGCAUGAGCUCAAAUCUGCAGAGGGCCCCUCUCAAGAUAUCCCUCACAAACGAGGAAGGCCAAGAUGUCGGCGAAAAAUCAUCCUUCCCACGAAAACGAGAUAGAGGGACAGGGAAGUACUCGUCACCAAGUGGAGACGACUCCUCAGACAAGCCGGAUGUCGAUAGGCUAGUGCUGCCUGUUCCUCCACAGCGCAGGGAGUCAUUUUUGUAUAAAUCCGACAGUGAAUUUGAAUUAGCACCAAAAUGUGUCACAUCGCGGCACCACUCAUUCAGCGAAGGGACGCAAGUGGAGGAGCUUGUCACGCCAUUUGCGCAAAUACUUUCCAGCUUAAGAAAUGUCAGGAACACAUUUGUCACCCUGACAAAUGCGAAGAAAGACAAAAGAAGAGGGUCUGUGGGCUCCCACAUUCUCCGAAAUAGCAAUUUAGCAACAGAGUUACAAAAUUGUGUAGGAAUGUCAUCUGGGUCUUUGCAUCUCCCAAGGGACGAGGGGUACCAAAAGGUUGCUAACAGUACGCUUGAUGAACUCGACUGGGUUUUAUACCAACUUGAGACUUUACAGACUCAUACUUCUGUUAGUGAAAUGGCAUCUAAUAAGUUCAAACGACUUCUUAAUAGAGAGUUGAAGGACUUUUCAGAAGCAAACCAAUCAGGGAAUCAAGUGUCCGCAUGGGUCUACAAUACUUUCACUGUAUAUGAUAUUGAUGAUCGCUACCGAAUACAUGAUGAAAGCGUAGGAAACAGAUGCACUCAAAAAGAAUCUGCACAAAACCAAACUAUUGAACAGACGAGUACCCCAUUUCUCUUCCGGAACACAACCUUGGAAUAUCCUGAUAAACAGCUAGAAGUUGAAACAGCUCAAAGCAAAACCAAACGGGAUUGCAUUCGCGCGAGAUCUCGGUCUAUGGUUAAUGGUGUCAGAAAGUUGACAAGAUUGCAUAGUUUUUCUGGAUCAGUUCCAAGAUUUGGAGUUGAAGUUCAGAAUGAGAGUGAAUUAGCUACGAUAUUAGAAAAUGUUAACAAAUGGGACUUUGAUGCAUUCGCAUUAGGAGAGGCAACAAAUGGGCAUCCAAUGCUAGCUGUAUCUUAUACCAUACUACAGGCUAGAGACUUACUCAAAAUCUUCAAAAUCAAGCCUACAACGUUUAUAAAUUAUAUGACUCUCGUAGAGAAUCACUAUUUAAAAGAUGUGCCAUUCCACAAUUGCAUUCACGCGGCGGACGUGACUCAAACUGCGCAUGUGCUGCUAUCGGCGCAAGCAUUUGAUAACGUAUUCACGGACCUAGAAAUCCUGUCGGCAAUCAUUGCAAGCGCAGUACACGAUGUCGACCACCCGGGCGUUAACAACCACUUUCUCGUCGCCACAAACUCAGAGAUGGCGCUAAUGUAUAAUGACGAAUCCGUCCUGGAGAACCAUCACCUUGCGGUCGCCUUCCAAUUGCUGCAGCAUGAGGACUGCGACAUCUUCGAGAACCUAAGCAAACAGGAGCGGCAGACAGCAAGACGAAUGAUCAUCGAGAUGGUUCUAGCAACUGACAAUGCCAAGCAUAUGAGUUUAUUAGCGUCGCUCAAGACCAUGGUGGAGACCAAGAAGGUAGCAGGGACCGGCUCGGGAGUCCUGUGCUUGGAGAAUUACACAGAUCGUAUGCAGGUGCUGAAGAGUUUAGUCCACUGCGCCGAUCUUAGUAACCCCACGAAGCCACUGCCCAUCUACAGAAAGUGGGUCGAUAGAUUGAUGGAGGAGUUUUUCCGUCAGGGUGACAAGGAGCGUGACAUCGAUGGCAUGGAGAUAAGUCCGAUGAUGGACAGACAUAACGCAUCUAUAGAAAAAUCACAGGUCGUUUUUAUCGACUUUGUCGCGCAGCCCCUAUGGGAGACCUGGGGCGAGCUGGUUCAGCCGGACGCGCAGGAUCUCCUGGAUACGAUAGAGGACAAUCGUCAGUGGUACAACUCCCAGAUCCCCAAGAACGAACAAGACAAGACUGCCAAUAACCCCGCCAGCAUACGACGGUCCAGCUGGCAGGGCACGCGCAAAGAAGCCAUCGACCAAUCAGAGCCAGAGACUUCAGAAGAAGAAGAAAAGAAAGGGAAGUUGCAGAACUCGACGCAAAACCCAACAACACGGCAUAACAUCAAGCCGGAAGACCUUCUCCACAAGUACGGCGGAAGUAGCGGUCGGAGCUGUGAGGCUGAUGAUGAGUAUGACGGGGAGAGCUCCUUUGAAAUAUCGACUACGGAUGGGAACAAUAAUUGAACCCUGUGAGAUACCAUAUUCGAGAUGUUUUUGAGGACUUGCGUUGGUGCAAUCAUGGAAUGAAAUCUUAUUGAAGUCAGUGAUAUGUCCGGGUACCUUGUGACCCAAGAUCCUUGUCCGUCAACUGGACAAGAUGGUAUAACAUGCAAUUUGUGAUGGCAAGAUAUGUUUAAGUUGGCAAACAGAUGAGAAUGUCACACGCCAGACAGUGAAAGAAAGCAUACGUUAGUGUGGCUUGGAAUGUGGACACGCUUAUCCGAAUAAUAAUGAUGAUGAAUCCCGACCAAAUCUAAAUACUGCCUUGCUGAAAACAAGAAGAAAAGGCUGGCUGUUAGUGCUGGCGAUUGAAAUCCAAGGAGUACUGCUGACUGGAAUGUUGGAGCAGCAUGUCUACGUCUGAUGGGUUAGGUAUGCUGCACAAGGACAAACAACGCUAUACAGGCAUGGCAAGUAUCAAGCAGGCGUCCCUAUCCCACCGGAAGAAGAUUGUACUAGCAGUCUAUUAUUUUUAAACGAUUUUAAAGACAGUUCAUUGAUAGGAAGAUUAUCAAAUUAUCAAAUGCUUUGGCAAAACAGUACGAUAUUCCAUUUUAAGCUCCCAUUCUCUAAAGCUUUGUCCCUUAAAACACAUUUCUGAUGGUCUAAAUCUUGAUGGCGCUUUGAAAUUGGUUAAAAUGCAUCACUCUGUUACUUUGCUACGUUCAAAGAUCUCAGCAUUCCGUACUUUUGCUUUCCCACAUUUGGGGCUGGGUUCGACGGGGAUUGUGGGAUCAUUUGGAAGGCCUGCUUUGUCCAGCGUACCCUGGUUCCAGAGCCUCGUGCGUCUCUCUAUUUAGUGGCCAGCGAGGUUGAGACGUCUCAACCUCGCUGGCCACUGAAUAGAGAGACGCUUGAGGCUCUGGGACCAAGGUAUGUCCAGCGAAACGAUCCCACAAUCCCUUUUAGCAGAUGUUGACUAAUGUCCCUCACUCAAGUUGCGAGCAGAAGAUCAAGCAACCAACGUGAGAACGUGGACUAGAAGGUGAUGGCGCUAAGAGGAUGGUCACUAGGGCCUAGAGGACGGUUGAGACAGGCCGGGUAAUGUCCUCCACUAUCUUUUUGCCCAUAUUAGCGCUACUACGAAAUUAUUGCAUUGAUUGCUAUGAGCUCUAGAUUUAAAUGGGCAUCUCUAUCUGUCGAUCAUGUUAUCUUUGAAACUGCUGCUUCUAAGUUGCUCAGAUGUGGGGAGGCAAAGUGCAAAGUAGUUUUCCCCCUGAAACUUCACUUAGUCGUAUCUUAUCAGAAGUACAAUGGAAUAACAGUAACAGAUUAGUCUUGUAAAACAACAACUUCAACUCUAUUCUUGGUCGGAAAACUGCAUUUGGUUACAGCCUUAUUCUUAGUUCUGCGUCCGCCAGAAUCCAUAAAUGCAUCUCUUUUGAGAAUACGGCGGUUGAUUGAUCGCGUUUAUUCCAAACGAGGCAACAAUUGUGAACCGGAAUUCUGAGCUGUCGCAAAACUAAAAAUUCUGCUGUAAAACGACACGUAAUUUAGUAAUUUUUCGAAUUGGCGAGCUCCUCCCGCAAAUCUUCCGAAGGUGAAAUAAUACAAUGAAUAGCACCCUGUUGCCACAAGACGGACAAUCGGCGAGCUAAGAUUUCUGGCUUAUUCUUGAACGAAUUCCAAAAAUGUUUAGAAAAAUAUUUAUUUAAUGUACAGAAAUACAUAUCAGAUAUCCGUUUUAUAUUUAACCAAAUAAAAUCUACCCCUGUGCGUACGAACCAUUAAUUGAAAAGUAACCAUAAGACCCUCCCUCCUAGUAUACUGCCGAUGCUUGAGCGAGUGUAAGAUAGAUGUAUAGUGUGUAAAUACGAUGCUCUGGAUUUGCCCCCGAGCAAAUAAACAGAUUAAUAAUAAUGAUGAUGUUGGUGAUAACGAAAUAACUAUAGAUCCAUCAGUAUUAUCGAAAUUAACAUCAGAUUACUACACACAGGUGUCAUGUUGUUAAUAAAAAAAUCCACUGCUUA